AUGAUUCCUAAAAAAAUUAUUCAAACAACAACAGAUGAUAGAAAAAUAAUAUUUGCAUAUAAAAAACCACCUCCUCAUACAAACAUUAUUCUUUGUUUCAUACCAGGAUUUAAAUCUGAUUUCAUUACUUCAAAAAAGGCACAAGUUGUCUACAAUUUAGCAGAAGAACUCAAGGUUGGAUUCUUGUCUUGGAAUCAUCAUCAAGACAUGACAUCAGUGGUAGACUGGUAUCGAGAUGGGGUAUCAUUAUUAUGUAAUGAUUACGACUAUUAUUUGAUUGGCGCAAGUAUGGGAUUAUGGAUAUCACUUUUAAUUGCUACUACAACGAAAAGGAUAAGAGGUAUUGUAGGUAUUGGGGGUAGUAUUGAUUUCACUGAGAGAUGGCUAUCAGAGGAAGCACCGAGUCAUGAUGCCAAUGUGAUAUGGAAAAGGCCAAGUGAAUAUGCAGUAGAAGGAUAUUAUGAAAUACCCGUUUCAUUUCUAUUAAAUUCUAGACCUGCAUUAUUAUUACAAGGAGAAGAAGAUAUGAUUGUCAUUCCUUGUCCGAUCUAUUUAAUACAUGGUGAACAAGACAAGGACGUAAGAUUUGAAGAAGCUAAAGAGUUUGCCAAUCAUUUGUUAAAAGGCAGAAAUCAUGUUUAUUUUUAUCAAAUUCGUGAAUUGAUGGCAGAUCAUCGAAAAAGGGCUGAAAGAAGACGCGCCUAUUAUGAAUCAAAACUUGGUGAUCCUCAACAAUUAAUUCGUGUCAUUGGUUCUUCAUCCAAAUUAUAUCCUGAUGCUGAACAGUUUUAUUAUCAUGAGAAUCCUGAUAAUCUCAUGCCUUGGCAAGGGAAUCCAGAUAUUAAAAUUGAUCGUUUUGAUGGUCGAUCUUUAUUAGAUUACAUACCCGAUUCAACUAAAAAUAGCUAUCAAGAUUUCUCUAAAGAUGAUAAAGAAAUAUCAGAUGAAUUAAACUUUGAAAGAUAUCAUGAUCUAAUAGAAGCAGAACGAUUAAAUGUAAGUGAGACGGAAAGAUUGGCGGAAGUAGAAGAAGAAUGGACAAAGUUAUUAGAUCGACACCAAGCAAAGCUUGCUUUACUUAAAAAUCAAGAGAGAACACAUAGUAAGAACCAUACAUUUGGUUAUGAUUAUGGUACAGGAAAAGUAAAUAAUGAAGAUCUUUAUCAAGAUAAUCAUGACGAAAAAGCAUCUAGAUUGCUUAAAGAUAUCCUUUAA